AUGGUAGGAAUAGUAGUAGUAAGAGCAGCUGCAGCAAUAUUAGCAGUAGGACUAGUAGCAGCAGCAACAGUAGCAGUCGAAACAGUAACAGCAGUAGCAGCAGCAGCAGCAGCAGUAGGAGGAGGAGGAUGGGGAGGAGAAGGGAGUAGAACAGCAGUAGCAGUAGUCGAAGCAAUAGGAGCAGUAGCAGUAGCAGCAGCAGUAGUAGAGGCAGUAGGAAUAGUAGUAGUAAAAGUAGCAGUAGGAACAGUCGUAGCAGCAGCAGUAGUUGUAGUAGUAGCAGUAGCAGUAGGAGAAGCAGUCGUAGUAGCAAUAGUAGUAAUAGAGAUAGGAGCAGCAGUAUUUGCAGUAACAGUAGCAGGAGUGGAAGAUGAAGCAGCAGUAGUAGCAGUAGCAGCAACAGUAGCAGCUGCAGCUGCAGCAACAGAAGCAAUUGCAGAAGUAGUAGCAGUAGGAGUAGUAGUAGCAACAGACGUAGUGGUAGUAGUAAUGACAGCAGCAGAACAAUAG